UACACCUGCUAAGCCUUUCGUAACAGUCAGGAUCCAGCAAGCAGGCUGAAAAUUUACAGCCCAGGACAGAUUACCUGAAGGGCGGCGUGGGCGGAGCCGGGGGCGGGCCCCGUCUGCUGUCGCGCCAAUUGGAACGCAGAAACCCCUUCGAGCGAAGAGGUGAUUGGCGGAGCCGCUACCCCAAGCCCAGUGCGCCCGGCGCUCCUAGGGCGGAGCCUGCCUACGGCCUAGAGGGGGCGCGCGUCAGCCCCCAGGCAACACUUCCAUGGAGAGGGGAGAAGUGGAGGCGCGAGAGGGGGCCACCGUGUCCCGGGACCUGCUAGCUCUAGGAUAUGGAGCCUUCGCGGAGGCGGCGUCGCGGGGCCCCUGGUGCCCGGACUUCAGGGCGCUGUGCGCGCGGCUGGCGGCCGAGCUGGCGAUUCUGGGCGCCCUGGAGCAGCGAGAGGAGGGCGCCGCGGUGCUGAGCGCCCGCGACGGCCCCGGCGCGGAGGAGGAGUUCCUGCGACAGUCGGCCGACCUGCUGCAGGCGUUGCACUGCCCGGAUCGCGCGCUCUGCGGCGGAAGCCACGCGGCCGCGCUGCGGGAACCCGGCGCCGGCCUGCGCCUGCUGCGCUUUCUUUGCUCUGAGCUUCAGGCUACCCGUCUCUUGUGUCUGAAGCCCCAUCUAGAUACCAGACAUGUUCUGCCCCUUAAGGAAGGGGCAGAGGAGGAAACUGGCAUGGUCCAGGAACUGGUGCUCACACUCCAAGCCCUGGGACUGCCUACACCUGCUCCAGGGACUCCUGCCAGCCAGUUACUGCAGGAGUUACAUACCAAGAUAUCAGAGCUGCUGCCUUCCCUGCCCCCAGACUUCAUGCAGCCCCUCCUCAGCUACCCAUUGGAUACAAGGCAGUGGGAAGUGCUGCAGUCCCUGUCCCAGAGCCUGAGAGAACAGUACUGCUGCCGUCGUUGUCUCCUCCUCAAGCGCCUUGACCUUACCACAUCUGCGUUCCACUGGAGCGAUCGAGCAGAGACCCAAGGAGAGUCCAUGAGGGCAGUGCUUUUCCCAAUUCGAGAGGUUCUGACUUCGAACUCAGACGUCUCCAUCGCACAUGUUCUGGCCGCCCGAGCUGACCUUUCUCGUCUGGUCCCAGCCACCAGUGUGGCUGUCCGCCGAGGGACCAGAUGUGCCAUCAACAAGGUGCUUAUGGGCAACGUGCCAGACCGAGGCGGCCGCCCAAAUGAGCUGGAGCCUCCCAUGCCCAGUUGGCAGAGCCGAAGAGAAGAUGGAGGAAGGUGGAAGGCAGGCCACCAGCGCUGGGGCCACAAGAAGAAGAAAAAGAAGUAAAAGGGAUCUGGGCGGGGUGGGGGAGUCCAGCUGGUACCAUCAGUAAUCCUUGGGGAAUUGGUUUGACAGCCUUUGCACACAGGCCCCCAUCCCCUCUGCCAGAGUCCCCAAAUAGCCCAUGUAUACAUACCACUCAACACCAAGACCUGUUCUCUGGAAAAUAAAUUUAAUUUUUGACAG